AUGCAGCCUCCCAUUCAACCGGCCAGCUCAGGCCGCGUCACUGCAGAUCGGAGAUUGCUUCGCUCGGCGACCCGUGACGGGCGGUGUGUUUACAUAACCCCUCCCCUCCCCUCCCUUCUCUUCCCCUCACCUUCUCUUCCCCUCACCUUCUCUUCCCCUCACCUCCCCUCCCCUCACUUUCCCUUCCUUCUCUUUCCCUCACCUUCUCUUCCCCUAACCUUCUCUUCCCCUCACCUCCCCUCCCCUCACUUUCCCUUCCUUCUCUUUCCCUCACCUUCUCUUCCCCUCACCUCCCCUCCCCUCACUUUCCCUCCCCUCUCUUCUCCUCACCUUCUCCCUAUUCUUCUUUCCCCUCUCCCUAUUCUUUCCCCUCACUUUCUUUCCCAUCUGCUUUCCCCUCUCGCCCCACCUUCUCACCCAUUCACUGCCUAUUCCACCAGCUUCCUACCAACAUGCCAUCAACCCGCCACCACUCAUCACAUUCAUCACGUCGCCUCCACCCCUCCUACUUCCCUUUAUAACUUCCCCUUGUUACCCUCACCCCUUCCCCUUCUCUCUCCCUCCCCCUCUCAUCUCUAUCGCUCGGACUCCGGAAGGGGAAUUUUAGAAGCCCUCGGGGCGGCCGUUCUUGAUCCGUCAACAGAGCGUAUCAGUGCUACGUCCGCUGCUGAGGGCAAGAAAGUAUUUCGCACAGGCACGGAGGUGACACUGAGAGGUCGGGAGUACAUCGGCUGGGAGACGGAGGCUGGGCGUGCAGAGCUGCUGGCUGCGCACGCAGACAAACUUAUAUUGUCCUUCAAGACAAGAUUUCCUGCGGGUCUGCUCUUCUUCACGGGUGACGGCAAGGACUACGUGAACGUAGCGCUACGUGAGGGCGCUGUGCACGUGACGCUGGACAUGGGCGGGGACCCCAUCGAGGUGAUCAUCGGGCCUGACAAGACGCGCUUUGAUGACAACCGCUGGCACGUACUGCGCUUAGAGCGUCGUGUCAAGGAGAUCAACAGCCACACAAGCUUCUGUAGCCUGUCCGUGUCAGUAGACGGGAUGUACGACCAGCGGCGCACGACAGCUGGUCCAUUCAACCAACUGGCGUCUUCUCGCCUCUACGUAGGCGGCUCCAACCAUCCCGCGCUGCUGCCGGGCGCUAAAACUAAAGCUAACUUCAUCGGCUGCCUCAAAAAUGUGGUGUACCAAUGUGACGGCGUAGUACUACGGCUGCUACAGAUGGCUCGGCAGCAGCACCAGCUGCUCCGUGUCUCUGGCCACGUCAAGUAUCAGUGCCAAGAAGUGGCAGCUGCAGAGGCGCUGUCCUUCACCUCCAGCGAGUCUCUUCUGGAUGGUCCCGGCGAUGGCGUGGUCAAUUUCCUGCAGCCUAGCGCCACCUUGAUCUUGCCCCCCUGGACCGCCCUCAAUCAAGGCACUCUGGCUUUCAAGUUCCGCACCUCCGAGCCUGACGGACUCCUCAUGUACAACCCUGGGACUGUUACUGCCAAGGGUGAUUUCUUCGCGCUGGAAAUGAUGGACGGGCAAGUCUACUUCCACCUGAACCUCGGCUCAGGCGCCCACAAGGUUAAGGUGACCAUCAGGCGCGUGGACGACGCGCGCUGGCACGAGAUCUCCUACAGCCGCGACGGCAGGGAGGGCGUCGUGGCCGUAGACGAGAUCGUGCAGGACUUUACCAUGCCAGGCGACUCCAAUCAGCUGGAUUUGGGCGGGAACCUUUACGUAGGAGGGAUAGGGUCCGCGGAGACGAUGGAUGGAGUGAGAGUUCCUCCAGAGCUGUGGAUGGGGCGGCUCAAGAAAGGAUACGUUGGAUGUAUGAGGGAUCUCGUCCUUAACGGACAUGCCAUCGACCUGGCAUCCUACGCCAAAAAACAGGAUUCGGGCUCAAUCCUGCAGAUGUGCCACAACGACGGGGGAUCCUGCGAGAGCGAUCCUUGCCUGCACGGCGGCUCCUGCACGCAGGGCUGGGGGAGGUUUGUGUGCGACUGUACCAACACCGCCUUCGUGGGGCCAACUUGUGGCAGAAACGCUGCCACGCUGAACUUCAACGGCAGCCAAGGCCUGUACAUCACCAAGCCCAGGGAGGACGCCAGUCAGGCUGAGCAGAUUACGCUCAGGUUCAGCACGACUCACGCCUCAGGUCUCCUGCUCAGAACCUGGUCACCCGCCUCAUCCGCCUCACCCGCCUCACCCACGUCCAGCCUCAUGGAUGACACCAUCGAGAUGGCCCUUAUUGGGGGACAGAUACGAACAACCCUUAAAAUAGGAGGCAGGGUUAAGGAAGUUCAUGUUGGCCACAACCUGAACGACGGCCGCUGGCACCGGCUGCGCUACUUCAGACGCGCCUCCGCCCUCACCGUACAGCUCGACACCGAGCAUCCUGUGACGCGACACAUCAUAUCAAACCGCGACGUGAUUCGCUACCAAAACAUAUACGUGGGUCAUGUCCCAAACUCGACGAUGGACUGGCUGAUGAGCUCGAUGACCUCCUCGAACGUUGUAUCCUUGGAGGAUACGAGACCAGGAGGUCCUCUGCACAGCUCCGUGGCGCCCUUCGUGGGGGACAUGCAGAGCCUCAUGAUCAACGGCCUCGAGGUCUUCGAGCAGGCCAGGAGUGGCCACAUGCCUGACAUCCAGGUUACGGCUAAGUUCGGCACGGUUCGUCCGACCGUCCAUCAUCCCGUGUCCUUCAAGACCACCACGGCCUUCGUUGCUCUGCCACAACUCAGAUCCUACGCCUUCAUGGACAUCUACUUCCAGUUCAAGACCAUCCAGGCUUCAGGAAUUAUCAUGUACAACGCUGGAAAAGGCCACGACUUCCUGGCCAUCGAGCUGGUCAACGGCCACAUCCACUUGGUAUUCAACCUGGGCAGCGGUCCGAUCCAGUUACGGGACUCGUCCAAGACUGCGCUUAAUGACAAUCAGUGGCACUCAGUGACGGUGGGGCGGCCCUCAGCACACCGCCACACCCUCAUGGUGGAUGACGACACCGCCAUCGUCACCAGCACAGGCAGCAACCGAUACAUCGACUUGCAGGGAUACCUUUAUCUUGGAGGCGUGCCCCCCGAGAUGUACCCGUCGCUGCCCCGCCACGUGGUGUCGGGGCGCGGGUACCAGGGCUGCCUGGCCUCCAUGGAGCUGCAGGGCGACGCGCCGGACCCCGCGGGGCGCGACGUGCCCGUUAGGAGCAGCAACGUCCGCACGGGCUGUGAUGGUCCCAGCAGUCAGUGCCGCGCAGACGCGUGCAGUAACGGCGGUGUGUGCGUGCAGCAGUGGAACAGCUACUCCUGCAACUGUGACAUGACCUCCUACACCGGCCCCACCUGCAGUGAUGAGUCGACGGCGUACGAGUUCGGUCAGGGUACGGGCGUGGUGACGUUCGAGUACCCCGAGGGCCAGUACCAGGACAAACAUAAGGACCUCCUCGCCCUCGGCUUCAUGACCAAACAGACGGACGACGCCACGCUCCUUAGGCUAGACUCCGCCAACUCUAAUGACUACGUCGAGCUAGAAGUGGUGGACGGCAAGGUUGUGAUGGUUUACAAUAUGGGCACUGAAGACCAUCCUAUUGCCGAACCCGUUGCUCAGGUUAACGACGGGCUGUACCACGUCGUGAAGUUCGUCCGCACAGGCGCUAACGCCACCCUCCAGGUGGAUGACUACGACGUCCUCAGCAAGAACCCUAAAGACGAGCUCACGCCGCUGGACUUACGUCUUCUGACCAAACUACGCACCCGAUACUUCUAUGGCCACCAGCUUUCUGUUUUCAACGGCCAGUCUUCUCUGAUGCUGGGCGGCCACCGGUCCAAGAGAGAGGCCGUUAUCAAGAAACCCUUCCAGGGUAUCCUAGCGGGAGUGGUGGCCAACGGUGAGCGCCCCUUGGACCUGGCGGCUGAACGCGACCCUCGCGUCAAGGUUGAGGGCGACGUACACCUUCUGCUGAGCCUCCCUCAGAGGAUAGAGCGAGCACCUGCCUCCCGUGCUGGUGCUGGCCACAUGCAACAGAUGCCGGCCGGGGGGGCCCAGCAAGGUGACAAUGACGACCUCGUCUACAGCGGCGCCGGCAGCGACUGUGACAUCGACGAUGAGGACCAGUGCGUACCGGUCUUCGAGACGGGAUCAGGGGACGACUUGAUCACACCUGUGUACAUCCCACCCACUCGCCCCACCACACCCAAACCACCACCCGCAAUCCAUACCAGCGGUGGCAGGAUUGUCCAGGGGCGCACGGGAGCUGAUGGGAGGAUGUGUGAUGAUGAAGAGGAUUGUUAUAUCGGCUCAGGAUCUGGCGAGUUUAACACGGAUGAGGGGAACCUCAUUGAGGGCGAGAGAGUUGGGUUUCAGCCGUCGGCCACAUCGCCUCCAAUGCUGAUUCCCGAUGUCAUUCAUUCGGAGGAGCACGAGUCGUCCUCAGCUACAGACACGACCAGCAACAACAGAGAGGGCGACACCGACCACACUGACGUCAGUGGCACCGGUGGCAGUGACGGGAUCGACAGCAGCAGGAUUGUUGAUGGCACCGGGAGUGUCGAUACUUCGGAUCAGCGAAGCAAUAUACGAACAGGAGUGCGAGGCGGCAGCGGCGCGCAGACUUACAAUAGGAGUCCUGCGUCUACUGAACAUCCCUUCGAUGGCAGUGGCAACGAAAGCAACGAGAACAGCCAUCCAGAGUGGAGCAAUCCUCCUUCUACGGAUUUCCACGAGCAUUACCCGGACUAUGGUUUCCCAGAUGUUGACUUGAAUCUCAAUGAGUAUGAAGCUGUGGGAGUCGACGAACCCAAGAUCGAAGUCCCCGACAACAUCCAAGGCGUUCCCAACGAGACAACCAAGCAAGUUCCUCUCAUCAUAAGCAUCGUAGCUGGAAUCCUUAUAGUCAUUAUUAUAGUCAUUUUGAUCAUACUCAAAUGCAAUAGUAAGUCCCGGGAGAUAAGUAAAAUAGAGGAAGCUAAAACGUAUUCGUCUUUAACACAAGGGCCUACUAUGAUUGUGAACGGGCAGAACAACGGUACUACCAAAGCCGGAGAUCGUCGGCCCGUUAAAAAGGAGCGCAAGGACGUUAAAGAAUGGUACGUGUGAUGCUUCCGAGAAGAAAUACAGUACAUCUUAGAAUCGCUUCCUCAGCCACGUACGUUACUUCUUAUUGUACCGUAAUGCGUCGCAUACCGUGUCGCGCCGAUGGAUUGAUUCACGCACUUGAACGAUUUCUAUGUACCAUAUUAAUAUAGUUAGCCCCACGAAUCUUCACGGGUAUGAGAUUCUUAGUCCUGGAUGUAAUAAUACACUCACAAUUACUAUUGUGCGGUAAACGCUUAGCUGCAUUAGUGCUUACUGGACACUCUCGAAAGAGUGACGCUGAAAUAUUUAAUGUUGAUACAGAACUUGUCAACCCUAGCAUGUAGGCAGUAUUCCGGUGUGUAGUUUGAAUAUGUGAGCCAUGAUAGCAUCUCCAUAACUCUUCCUCGCUCGAUUCGGGCGAAAUUGUUCCCUUCAAUCACGAGAAAUCAGAAGCUUUUAAGUGAAUGUAUUGUUAUCGUCAAAUGCUUCUUAUUUCGUUGAACUUUAACAAGGCUGAAUCAUGGCCAUGAUUUACGUGUCUGCUUAUUGAAUUUAAGAGAGCAUUUAAUUAAAUACCGUGGAUAUUUGCGUGAUAGACGAACAUUGUUACAGUCACCAGUUCUCCUGCCGAUUAUUAGGCCCUGGUAGCUCUAUAUUUGAAUAAUCAAAUAAUCAGUAACUCGUGGCAAUCUAAGCACUCCGGGAUUAAAAUCAGACUAUUAUACAUUCCCCGGAACGACAUAUGCUGAAAAGCGUUAUAUUGUUUACGACUUUACUUGCUUGAUGCCAUGUUUUCCCCCCAAAACGCUUGCACUUUACCGCACUUGCCAUCUCUAUGCGCUUUGAUCAACUUGCUCCUUCCUCGGAACACGUUGCCCACUCAUGUUGUUUUAUAUUUAUUGUUUUAAAUACUUUCGAUUAAGGCUUUUUGUAUCAAUAGAUUAUGAUGGUUUUUAGAAGUGAAGCGAAUAGUUUAUUAGUCUUACGUAUCGUGAACUGACUUAAGGCCAAGCGGCUUUGAAUAGAUAUAAAGGCAUUGGUGCAGUUUUGUAUUGUUUUUUACCCUAUUUUGUCAUAUCAUUAUUGAUAAGAUUUAAUUUAUUGACAUCAAUUAAUGUUUUUUGUUUGUGUGCGCUUGUUAGACAGGUGCUUGUCCCUGAAUUUUAUUAUACGUUGAUUUAUAUGGUAACUUGAAGAUAUAUUUUUGCACUGUCUAAUGAAAGCGCAUAAAAUUUUUAGAGUGGAAGUAGUAGAGUGAUCUUGGGGAAAAUAAAUGAUUAUGCUGGGGAGAAUAGAAGUGCCGGGAAAAAUUAUUAGGCUGGGGAAAAUUGUUAUGUUGGGGAAAUCGGGUAUACAGCAAACAGUUUUCUCGUCCGUCGAAUUUUACAAUUUAAUUUCCAAAAAGGAAUAGUAUAACUAACAAAUUAUGUAUAAGCAAUCUAAAUUAAUGAAUAAACAAGAAAUCAAAUAAAAAACAGGAGGAAUGAUCUCUGCGAUGUAACUAACGUGAAUAUGUCGAAAAUUUUUCAAAAACAAAUAUCUAAUAUUCCAGGACGCAUUCUAAACUAUGGUGAUGCUUGAAAAAUUAGCAAAUAAUAUCAUUUGAUGGAGUCCAUUACAAUAAUGAAGAAUUAACCUCAACUUUAUACAUGCUAUUUAGUGCAAGUAACACCACAUAAUCAUGAUUAAAAAUGUAACGUUGACAUAAAAUGGGUAAUGUUGCAGUUGGUUUGCAUGAUAUAAACUUUCAAAUUACUACCUACAAGAUUCAGAGUGCAAUACUUGAGCAAUUUUUUUAUGGUACAUCGAAGAAUUUUAGAAUUAGAAAUGUUUGUAUCCAAGACACGAAAAUUCUAGAGUAGGCUUUUAGCAUAUUCAUAUUAAUAAGAAGUUUUUAAUAUCACCACAAUUGCACAGUAUCGCUCAGUUAACCCUUUAGUCGGGUUAACUGGAAUUUAUGAUCACUUUUUUUCACCAUUACUUGAGCCAAGAAUGACAUGAUAGAAAAUACAUCGCAGUUCAUUUGCCGAAAACAUUUUACUUAGCCAAUAAAUUUAAAUUAUAAUUACUAUGAAAGCAUUAAAACUAUUGAAACUUUCAUGAUGCCUUUAACAGCUUUCUCGAUAGAUUGUUAAACAACGAGGUUCGAGGCACUUCUGAAUUAGCCGAAGUUAGCAGUUAUUCAGCGUACGUUUCUAUGAAUAUAUAUAUUCAUUUGCAAAUAAAUCAUGUAAGCAUGCGAUGACAGAACUGUAUGGAAAAUUAAUUCUAUGUAUAGCAUAACUACUGUAUAUAUAACUAAUAACCACACAUCUUCCCCCCAUGUACGCAAUACGAAUGUCCUCAGCCACGCAAAAAAUGUUACAUUUUAAAAUAAUUUUAAAUUUCUAAAAUGUUACUUUAUUUGGUUGUAUGACCGAUUAUUUUCAUUGACCGAACCAAAGCUUCAGUGAUUUUAAUUCGAAUUUACGACGUUUUUGUCUUUUCUUCGUGCAGCAAAAUACGUUUUUAGCUGAACUUCUUAUCGAAUUUAAAUCUAUAUACAACCUAUUUAUAACACAAGAAAAAUUUUGCUGCCACUAGUAGUUGUCUGUCGUCUCCAAAAAGAUGUUGAUGUUUAACAGAAGUUUAUCGGAAUUGUGAGGUAUUUUUUCGAUUUCGAAAUAAUGUUUUUUAGUCGCUGUGAAGUUUCCUUUUCUCACAACUAUAUAUGUUUCAUUGUAGCAUUAACAUUACAUAGGUUAUUUUUUGUACACUUUUUAGUCUAAGUAAAGUCUGUUGAUGAAUUCCCUGCGCUAUACAGGCACAAGAUAAAGCUUGUUCAACUAUAUAUUAUCUCCCAGCCCUUGCAGUGUUUUGGCCCCGCCCUCUGAUGUCUCAUGUAUAUUGAUAACCAUAGCAUCCCGUGUAAAUAAUGGCCUCGACCUUAAAUUAAAAUAUAAUGGAAUAAGA